AUGAAUCUAAGGAUCAGGAAAACAGAGAUUUCAGGUCACAAAAUCCUGAAUGAUUUUCAUCCAGUCAUCAUUCAAAGUAAACAAACAACUGAUAGCAGUUCACUAAAUCCAGGAAAUUCCGACCAACAAAACCUGGGAAAAGCUCUCUUUGGAUUGACGAAUUUGCAAAAUAGAUCAUUUGAACAGCAAAAACUGGGAAACUCCGAAACGGGAAAUUUAAAAGGCCAUAAUUCCGACACUCAGAACCUGGAGAACCUCGAUUUCAUACAUCCUCUAAAUACUCAGGACAUUCCUGAAUCACCAGAUAUUCAGAGUCAUUUCAACUCAAACGAUCUGAGUAAUCCCAAUAUUCAGAGCAAUCGUGAAUCACAAAAUAUGCAAAACAAUUUUGAUUCAAAGAAUAUGCAACACGAUACUGAUUCGCAAAAUACCCAAAGUAAUUAUGAUUCAAAGAACAUUAGAAGUGAUUCUGAUUCACAGACUAUCCAAAGCAAACUUGCAAUACAGAACAUUCAAAAUAAUCUUGGCCCACAAAAUAUUCAAGGCAAUCUAGAUUUGCAGACUAAUUUUGAGGCCCAAACACAUGGAAAAAGCUCUUCAGAAUUUCAUAAUCAUAAGCAACAAAACCUAAAGCAUUCCGACACAAUACAUUUAGAAAAGGAUCAUUUCAAUUCUGAAAAUCAGGAAAAUACUGGUUCACAAUUAUUCAUUCCAGGGUUUUUCCAUUCACAAAAUUCCAACAACCAUUUCGAUUCACACAACAUUCAAGCAUCGCAAAAUAUCCCGGCCAAUUCUGAUGAUCAAAUCAAACAGGACAGUUUAAAUGUACGAUUUGCGUCUCAGAAUCUGGGAAAAAGUAUCUCAGAAUCAAAGAAUUUUCCAAACCGAUCACUCGAACCACAAAACAUGAAAAAUGCAGGUAAUCUGCAAAAUAAUAAUUUCCAGUCUCAAAAUCUCGAAAACAGCAAUUUCCAAUCACAAAAUCUGGAAAAUCCUUUCCCGUCUCAGAAUUUGGAAAACAGUAAUUUUGAAUCUCAAUAUGUGGAAAAUAAUAAUUUCCAGUCACAGAAUCUGGAGAAUCAUGUCCAGUCUCAGAACCAGAACAAUAAUUUUCAAUCUCAAAAUUUGGAAAAGGUUGAAUCAGAAUUUACAUAUCUACUAAGUGGACGUUUGCAGCCCCCAACGAGGGAUUUCAACUAUUUCGAAUCAAAUGGUGGUCAAAAUUACUCUGAUACGCAGAUUUUUCAAAACAGCUUUAAUCCCGAGUAUACUUUGGACUCACAAAGGGGUCACAUUAACACAGACUCACAAAAUCGAGGUAAAUUACUUUCACAGCAUUCAGAAUGGAGAAAUUCCCAUGGUAUAUCGGCUGAACAACAAAAUCUGGAGAAAACUAGUUCAGGCGAUUUAGAAAAAUCUCAAAAUCUGGAAGUCUUACAAUCAGAGCAAGAACAGCCACAAAUGUUUUUUGUAGGUCCACCGUUUAAGGAAUACAAUUACUCUGAAUCACAAAAUAAGGAUUUUAAAAAUGAAUCAAAAAUACAAUUUCAAACCAACCUGUUAUCACAAAAUUCUGGAAACGUGGAAUUUUCAUCACAACCGGAACACUUCACGACCCAAAACUUCCAAAGGAAUCCGUCAGUGUCACACAAUCAGGAAAAUGGAGUAGUUGAAACACACAAUCAGGCAAGAAAUGACUUCCUGAACGUAGAUUCUGAAGUUCAGAAUGGUCAUAGUGGCCGUAUGCCAUCGACUUCUCUCUUGAAUGGUAACCAAAAGCCGCAGAUAAUGGCAGCUGUUGGCAUUAAGAAUUCACAGAUACAAAGAUUCGAAAACUUGGGGCGACCACGCAAUUCUCCAAGCAAUCAGGCUCGAGUUCAAGACGAAGAAAAUCACGUCCCAGAGCCCAGAGCUCAGGAAAUUAUCUCAGCACCUGAAACUCAGGAGGCCCAAGAAGGUGGAAACAGUAAAACUAGUCAACUUCAAACUCAGUCAGUUCACAUGACGCAACAAAACAAUAAUGUGCAGAUUCAAGUAACGGAAAAUCAUGAUAAUGAAGCGCAUAUACUUCACGAAAACAGCUCCGGGUUACGUAGUUUGAAAACUGUCCAUAUUCAGUCACCAACCCAAUUUUUCAAUAGUUUCGAGCCAUUGCGUUUACAAGAUGGCGAUAACUGGAGAUCAAAUAGAGAUAAUUUGUUGCCUCAAAUUCAGACAGCUGAUCUUCAAGUCAAAUCUGAAAAUGCAGAAAGCGUUGAUCUAAUAUCUCAAAGUGGCUCUCAGUCAAAAACUUUACAAAACUCAACUAAUAGCGAGGGUAGACCAAGCAUUCAGCUAAAUGGCCACGUACUCCCACACACCACGCACCAUGACCUACUGUCCCACGCGUCUCAGCCUGAGGGAAGCGUGGGGAAUUCACAGGUUAUAAAGAAUGAUCAGUUGGCAUCUGAGGGCAGUCAACGUGAUCAACUGCGAUUGCAGUCACAGAACAGUCAAAUAGACGACCAGUUGCACCCACCGGUCAUCAUGAUCAAUUACAGCAACAUAACCAACAUAGGUCAGCUGCAACCACAGAGUCAGAAUGAACAGUUGCAAGCACAGAUAGAUCAGGAUAUUACUUUCCCAUUGCCAGAUCAACAGAGACACCAAACGCGAGCUCAAAGUAGAGAAAGCAGAAAAAUCAACCGCAAACGAACUUCCAAUCACAACACAAACAAGCACACACGAACGCCCAAUCCCAACCCGAGCCAUCACAAACCCAUUCCCAAUCACGGCGCAAGCAAAGCACGCAUUCGAGACGUCGUAUUCGCCCAAACGACCCCUCCGAAGCUCCGAAUUUCCCGGUGA